AUGGCUGACACGUCUCUACUAACAAACACCACCUGUCUCAAUGUGUCGAACCUUGAGAAAUCUGUCAAUUGGUAUACUGACAUCUUUGGGGUGUCCGUUAUCAAGAAAGUCAGGAACGAGGACUAUGAGUCUGCCUUUUUGGCACUGGACUCAGAACUGCACCCAAACAAGGGUCUGCCUUUAUCUUGCCGGGACGGCGUCAUUGAACUAAGACAGCCUAUGAAUGCCGGCGAAGUGACAAUUGAAAAUGGCAACAAUGAGCCGUAUAAGGGGUUUGGACAUAUAUGUUUUUCCGUUUCCGACAUUGAGGCAACACAGAAGGAGCUAUUGGAGAAGCACGUCGAGUUCAAGAAGAAGUUAGAAGAGGGCAGACAACACAACAUUGCGUUUGUGUACGAUCCCGACCAUUAUUGGAUCGAGUUAGUUGAAAAUGAAAUCAACAGACGGGACGGCGUCUAUGAUUUGCCCUCAAAUAGAAUGAACCACACAAUGAUUCGGGUGAAAGACCCAAAGAAGUCACUAGAGUUUUACUGUGUCAAGCUGGGAAUGAGGCUAUUUUCAACCAGUGACCAUCCAAAUGCAAAAUUCACAAACUACUUUAUUGGAUAUGAUCACGACCCUGACUACCUGGAGAACAGGGAGGAAAAACUAACACAGUUUGCAAGACAAUCCGUGAUUGAACUUUGCCACAAUUACGGAACAGAAGACGACAGCUCCUUCCACUACUAUGUGUUUAAUGAAGCAAAUGACAAUGUCAAGGGAUUUGACCAUAUUUCCAUUUCAACGAAAAACUUGGACUCAUUUGUCAGACAUUUGCAAUCCAAGGACGUUGAAGUCACAACAAACAAGUCGGACAAUGCUACAAUCCACGACCCAGACGGAUGGAAAAUCGAAAUCCACUCCUACGAUUACCUCUCUCACACCUUCUACAAAUUGUAA